AAAAAACAACAACCGCGGAGGGCCGCGGGACCAUACGAGCCAGCAAUUCCGAUGGCGGCGCUGCCUCUUCUCCGGUGGGGAGCGUCCUCCCUCCUUGCCCACUCCUCCCCUCCCGCGUCGCGGCGCCUGUUCUCUGCCAUCCGACGCCCCCCCGCUGCCGCCCACUGCGAGCCCGGCUCCAGGGUCAUGCUCAAGGGAAUGGAUUACCCAGAACUCGAGAAAUGGGUGCAGUCGCAAGGAUUCCGACCGGGGCAGGCCAUGAUGCUGUGGAAAUGCCUAUACGGCAACAACGUCUGGGCGCAUUGUCCUGACGAGCUAGCUGGCUUGAACAAGGACUUGAGGAAAAUGAUAAGUGAGCAUGCUGAUCUCAAGGCAUUAACUGUAAAAGACAUUAUCACUGCAUCCGACGGAACCCGAAAGAUAUUGUUCUCUCUUGAAGAUGCCUCGGUGAUUGAAACAGUUGUCAUUCCUAGUGCCAGAGGCAGAACAACUGUCUGUGUUUCAAGUCAAGUGGGUUGUGCCAUGAAUUGUCAGUUUUGCUUUACUGGGAGGAUGGGUUUGAGAAAGCAUCUGUCUACAGCUGAGAUAGUUGAGCAGGCGGUGUUUGCUCGUAGGCUAUUUUCAGAUGAAUUUGGAUCUAUUACAAAUGUUGUAUUUAUGGGCAUGGGUGAGCCACUGCACAAUGUAGACAAUGUAAUAAAAGCAUCGUCUAUAAUGGUCGAUGAGCAGGGCCUUCAGUUUAGUCCUCGCAAGGUUACUGUCUCCACAAGUGGUCUUGUUCCACAGAUAAAACGCUUCCUCCAUGAAUCCAAUUGUGAUCUGGCUGUUAGUCUUAAUGCAACAACUGAUGAGGUCAGGAACUGGAUAAUGCCCAUUAACCGAAAGUAUAAUCUUAACUUGCUUCUUGGCACUUUAAGGGAGGAACUUCGCUUGAGACCUAAGUCCAUAGUGCUAUUUGAGUAUGUCAUGCUUGCUGGCGUGAAUGAUAGCGUGGACGAUGCGAAGAGGCUUACAGAGCUGGUUCAUGACAUUCCCUGCAAGAUCAACCUCAUAUCUUUCAAUCCUCAUAGUGGGUCCCAAUUCAAGCCCACGCCCGAUGAGAAGAUUAUCGAGUUCCGUAACAUGUUAAUCCAAUCUGGCCUGACCGUUAUGGUUCGGCUAAGCAGAGGGGAUGAUCAGAUGGCUGCGUGCGGGCAGCUCGGAGAGCCUGGCCAGCUACCGUUGCUCCGUGUGCCCGAGAAAUUUCUGGCAACCUUAUGAUGCUAAGCAGUAAGUAGUACAGUCAUUACAAACUAGGGAAACAGGUGUCUGGGAACAACUUCACAAAGAUAAGGCAGUGAUCUUCCUGUAAUUAGGAUAAAACAACAGCGCCGUUUUUCGAAGUCAUGAUCCCCUGACCCCUGAGGCAGGCUUACGACUGUCAAGAGAAUAUUCUGAUGUGGCCUCAACA